AUGAGUCUUGGCGGUAUUGUUGCUAGUAUGAAAGAAAGUCAAUCAGAGCAAACACCGGUAGCUCAUGUUUCCUCAGUUGUUACUUCUUCUAAGAUAGAAAGUGAUAAAGCAACUGAAUUUAAAAGAGUUGAAAGCAAGAAAAGAAAACCUUCACCAGAACCUGCUCCAUAUCCAAAGAAGUCAAGGACACAAAUAAAGAAACAACAGGCUGUUAGAGAACCUAGUAGUCCAAAGAAGAAGCCUAACAUAGAGAAACCGGUAGAAGCAGAAGUAGAGGUAAAAGCACAAAUUGAACCUAUAAAUGUUGACACUCAGCAGAAGGUAGAGAAACUGACAAAGAAAAAACCUGAACAGAGUAUAGUUGAACUAAUAGUCAACAAGGCAGAAAGUAAGGAUGAUAGUAAGGCUGAAAAAAAAAUUGAAGCAAAGAGUGAGCAAAAGGUAGAAACGGUGAAUAAAGAAGAGGUCAAAGUUGGAAACAAGGAAUAA